UCAUCAGCUCCUUCAAGAAGUCCAAAAAGAAACUAAAACAUUUAUAAUUCCAUCCAAUCCAAGGAAACCAAACGCUCGUAUGGCUAAUCGAUCUGGACAGAAGAAAUAUCUUGGAUCUUAUUGCCUCAAAUAACAAGCAUAAAAAAUUCCAUCCUGGAGUAGGUAUACUCAGUGUCACUCGACACCAGCAUAAUAAUAAUCGCGCGCGUCUCGGCUAACCGGUUACAUAGCGCCAGUGAGUAAGAAAGAGAAAGACAUCGGACUCUAUAUAUUAUGGUCGGCCAUCCAUCCAUCGAUCAGCAGCAGCAGCAGCAGCAGUGCACAGCUGCUCCUCGACACAAUAACACACGCGCGAGCGCGAGCGCACAUCGCUCGAGUCUCUCUCCAGUAGUCUGCAUAGCAGCGAGCGACGCACAAGUAGACAUACAAGUCGUAUUGUACAGCAGAUAGUUUACGCGCGUUGAACUUUAGCAGUGUGCAGUGCAUUUGUUACUUUUUACUCCUCUUUACACGCACACAAGAGACUGGCGAUCGUGCUGGAGAGGAAUAAUUAUGGUAGGGAAGGAUGAGGGGCUCGGGGACAUCGACGACGAGAGUCUGGCCCGCGUCAAGCUCAUUUCCGACAAGAAGAAGCAGCUCGAGGAAAGCACGGAUCAGGUACGCCAGGAAAUAAGAAGCUGUUUCGAGCGUUUAUCCGAUGCCCUGAGAGGCCGGGAGAAGCAGCUGCUCCGCCAGGUCGAGGCCAUCCACAGGCAGCAGCUGUCGCUAGUCCAGUCAAACUCCGAGUUGCUACCCUGCAUCACUUCGAGUCUCAAUGCGAAUCUCGACUCGGAGUCGCAGCUCCUCGAGCAGCUCCGAAAUUUCGGCAAAAUCGAGCUGUCCAACAGCAUCGCCGUCAACGACACCGAGCCCUACAAGGUCGAGGAGUAUAUCGAGGCUGGCGAGGACUAUGUCAGUUUUGACAAGUCGCUUAAGAAGGAGAGCGAGGAAUUCGACGUGAGCAGCGUCAUUCGUUAUAGGAAGCGCGAUAGCUCUGGAAAUCACAGCAAGACUAUCAGCAUCAAUCUCAAUUGCACGUCCUGCGAUUCGUGCAAGUACGAGACCGAUAGCAAUUCGAAAAUAGGAGUUGCAACCACGACGAAAAAACUCGACGAGAGACCUGCGUCCCCUUUACCAAGUCCAAGCUGCAGCACCAGCAGUGCCAGCAGCUCCGAAAAACAGUCCCCCGUCAAGGAAUCCGAGGAAAAGUUAGCCUCUCCAACAGAACCGGAAUCUCGGAAUUACUACUUCGGCGAGAACCACAGUAGCAGCAUAUGUAACAACGCGAGUAGCCCAGUCGAAAAGCUCGACGACGAGAGCAAAGAUGCUUCUUCCAAAGCGACCGUGGGGGAGGACGAAUCGGCGGGCGCAAAAGCACAGGAUAUCAAAGCAAAGGAUGGAGGAGGCGAGGAGCAUCCGAUACAGAUUCAGCAAUGGCUCCAGCAGAUACUCGCGGAGACCGAGACCGAGCCGAUAAUCCACGAGAUUGGGCACAUUUCCAAGAUACCAAAUGCUCGACUGUACCGGGAAUUUCCAGUAGAAACGUAAAAGUCUGAUAAUAGGAAUUAUAAACUACUUAUACACACGCACGCAAAUAGGACGAUGGACGAACGAACGAUAUAAAACACUUAUUAUAGACGAAUUUGAACCACUGAGGAAUUGCUCCAGUUUUCUUAUUACUAUCAGCAGCUAUAGAUAGGACAAUUAUAUGCCCGAGGACGUUUUGAUUUUCAAGAGAGAAGAGAAUCGCUACUUAAAAACGAAUACCAAGUCCUACGUGGGGCCAAAAUUCCAUUGACGAUACAUGGAACGUGAAUUGAGAAGUCUGAUUUUUCAUUUAUUCUCUUAUCAUACUUCUCUGUCUCUCUACGUCUUAUCUUCUUCGACUUCUACUAUAACUGUACUCUUUAUUAUUUAUUUGUAAUUUUAGGCUGGAUUCACUUGAUGAAUUGUAUCCAUAAUUUGUACUUACUGUGCGAGCCGCAUACCGCCAUUUGCACGCGCUUACAAACAACACUAAGUUGCCUCGAUUAUUAUAUACCUUAUAUUACGCUACAUUGAUGAUUGUAAAACUUGAUACGAUGUAAUACUUUGUUGUGGAUUAAAUUAAACCAAAAACUAAACCAAA